AUAAAGCUAGGCGGGCGAGAACCAAUCCCAUUUUGUUUAUAUUGCUUCUUCGUUUUGUUCUUUUUUCUUCGUUGAUCAGAAGCAUAGUACGUACUCCUCUGUGAAGCAAGCUCGCUAACUCUCAUGGCUGCACCAGUAGUUGACGCAGACUACCGCAAGGAAAUCGGAAAGGCUCGUCGAGACCUUCGCGCUCUUAUCUACAGCAAGCAAUGCGCUCCUAUAAUGCUCCGUUUAGCGUGGCAUAAUGCUGGGACCUACGAUGCCAAAACGAAGACUGGAGGUCCUAAUGGCUCAAUCAGGAGUGGGGUGGAGUUGAAACAUAGUGCAAAUGCUGGUUUGGAAAUCGCAGUUGGAUUCUGCGAAGAAGUAAAGGCUAAACAUCCAAAGAUUACAUAUGCCGAUCUCUACCAGCUUGCUGGCAUUGUUGCAGUGGAAGUCACUGGAGGCCCCUCUAUUGACUUUGUUCCAGGAAGGAAGGAUUCAUUGGAAUCUCCUGAAGAAGGGCGCCUUCCUGAUGCCAGACAAGGUGCAAAGCAUUUAAGAGAUGUCUUUUAUCGCAUGGGCUUAUCUGACAAGGACAUUGUGGCAUUGUCUGGAGGCCACACAUUGGGAAAGGCACACAAGGAGAGAUCAGGAUUCGAAAGUCUACCUUGGACAACUGACCCUUUGAAGUUUGAUAAUUCAUAUUUUGUGGAACUCCUAAAAGGUGAUUCAAAGGGAUUAUUGAAGCUCCCCACGGACAAGGUCUUAGUCGAAGAUCCCAUGUUCCGCCGCUAUGUUGAGCUAUAUGCAAAGGAUGAGGAUGCUUUCUUCAUAGAUUAUGCAGCAUCACACAAGAAACUUUCAGAACUAGGCUUCAUUCCACCUUCCUCAGGCUUAAAGAGAAGAACCAUGUUGACAGGAAGUACUGUGAGAGUUGUCGUUGCUGUUGGGCUGUUGCUUUGUCUAUAUGCAUAUAAUUAUUUUUAUGAGAAGUCACAGAAGCCACAAUUGAAGAACUCCUGAUUCAUGUAGAAUUUAACAAAAUCAGUGAAGUUAAGCAUCCCCUGCAAUCUGGACUGAACCCUUUCAUAAUAAUUUAGAAUCUCUGUAUCUCUCUGCUUGCAAUCUGGACUGAACCUGUUCACAAAUAAUGAUUUU